AUGAUGAGCAACAGCGGCUACUUGGAGCUGCAGCUGCCGCCGCAGUUCUACCAGAGCCCCGCGGACCUCGGCGAGGAGGAGGAGGAGAUGCCGGCCACCGAGAAAGACCUGGCCGAGGACGCUCCGUGGAAGAAGAUCCAGCAGAACACCUUCACCAGGUGGUGUAACGAGCACCUGAAGGUCCUCAACAAGCGGAUCAACGACCUGCAGAAGGACCUGAGCGACGGGCUGAAGCUCAUCGGGCUGCUGGAGGUGCUCAGCCAGAAGAAGAUGUACAGAAAGUACCACUCCAGACCCAACUUCCGGCAGAUGAAGCUGGAGAACGUGUCCGUGGCUCUGGAGUUCCUGGAGAGGGAACACAUCCGACUGGUUUCUAUCGACUCUAAAGCCAUCGUGGACGGGAACCUGAAGCUGAUCCUGGGUCUGAUCUGGACCCUGAUCCUGCACUACUCCAUCUCCAUGCCCAUGUGGGAAGACGAGGACGAUGAAGACGCCAAGAAACUGACCCCCAAGCAGCGUCUGCUUGGCUGGAUCCAGAACAAGGUGCCCCAGCUCCCCAUCACCAACUUCCACCGAGACUGGAGGGACGGCAAGGCACUGGGAGCACUGGUGGACAACUGUGCCCCUGGUCUGUGUCCGGACUGGGAGACGUGGGACCCCAGUCAGCCGGUGGAGAACGCCAGAGAGGCCAUGCAGCAGGCCGACGACUGGCUCGGAGUCCCUCAGGUCAUCGCUCCAGAAGAGAUCGUGGAUCCCAACGUGGACGAGCACUCCGUGAUGACCUACCUGUCCCAGUUCCCCAAGUCCAAGCUGAAGCCCGGGGCCCCCCUGAGGGCCAAGACGCUGCACCCCAAGAGGGCCAAGGCCUACGGACCCGGUCUCGAGCCACGAGGGAACGUGGUCCUGAAACCAGCAGAGUUCUUGGUGGAGACGGUGGAGGCCGGACUGGGAGAGGUCCUGGUCUAUGUGGAGGACCCGGAGGGACACACGGAGGAGGCCCGAGUGAUCCCCAACAACGACAAGAACCGGAGCUACUCGGUGGUCUACCUGCCCAAAGUGGAGGGGCUCCACAAAGUGAAGGUGUUGUUUGCUGGGCAGGACAUCGACAGAAGUCCCUUUAUGGUGAACGUUUCCAAGGCGAUGGGCGACCCGACCCGGGUUCAGGCCCGCGGACCGGGACUGCAGCAGUCAGGAAACGUGGCCACCAAACCCACGUACUUCGACAUUUACACUGCAGGGGCCGGGGCCGGAGAUGUGGGCAUCGUCAUUGUGGACUCGAAUGCUCGGAGGGACACAGUGGAGAUUGUGUUGGAGAACAAAGGCGACAGUAUAUUCCGCUGCACCUAUGUCCCGGUCCUGGAGGGACCUCACACCGUCUACGUGACCUUUGCCGGGCAGCAAAUUCCCAGAAGCCCUUUCACCGUGCACAUCUCAGAGGCCUGUAACCCCAACGCCUGCCGGGCGGCGGGUCGAGGUCUGCAGCUGAAGGGUCUGAGGGUGAAGGAAGUGGCAGAGUUCAAAGUUCACACCAGAGGAGCCGGCAGCGGAGAACUCAAAGUCACCUUGAUGGGACCAAAGGGUGUUGAGGAGCCGGUGAAGGUUCUCGAGGUGGAACACGGGACGUUUGAGUGUAACUAUUACCCCAUCAGUACGGGGAACCACGUGGUGAGCGUCACCUGGGGAGGACACGGCGUGCCACGCAGUCCGUUUGAGGUGCAGGUGAGUGAGGAGGCGGGGCCUCAGAAGGUGAGGGCCUGGGGUCCAGGUCUGGAGACCGGUCUCGUGGGGAAGAGUGCCGACUUCGUGGUGGAGGCCAUCGGCACGGAGGUGGGAACACUGGGUUUCUCCAUCGAGGGUCCAUCUCAGGCCAAGAUCGAGUGCGAUGAUAAAGGCGACGGGUCAUGUGAUGUGCGGUACUGGCCGACCGAGCCGGGCGACUAUGCCGUGCAUGUGAUCUGUGACGACGAGGACAUCAAGGACAGCCCCUUCAUGGCUCACGUCCUGCCCGCCACCAACGACGUCUUCCCAGAACACGUGAACUGCUACGGUCCAGGUCUGGAGCCGCUGGGCUGCAUCGUCAACAAGCCCGCCGACUUCAGCAUCGACACCCGGGGAGCCGGCCCGGGGGAGCUGAAGCUCUAUGCUCAGGACGCCGAGGGGUUCCCCAUCGACGUCCAGGUCUCCGAGAGCGGAGACGGCAGCUUCUGCUGCGUCUACGUCCCCACCAAGGCCAUCAAGCACACCAUCAUCAUCACCUGGGGCCAAGUCAGCGCUCCCAACAGCCCCUUCAGGGUGACGAUAGGAGAAGGAAGCCAUCCAGACAAUGUGAAGGUCUACGGCCCCGGAGUGGAGAAGACGGGGCUGAAGGCCAACGAGCCCACCUACUUCACGGUGGACUGCAGCGAGGCCGGACAGGGUGACGUCAGCAUCGGGAUCAAGUGCGCUCCGGGCGUGGUCGGUCCGGCGGAGGCCGACAUCGACUUCGACAUCAUCAAGAACGACAACGACACGUUCACGGUGAAGUACACGCCGCCGGGCGCCGGCCAGUACACCAUCAUGGUGCUGUUCGCCGACCAGGAAAUACCCAUCAGCCCCUUCAGAAUAAAGGUGGAUCCUUCCCAUGAUGCAGCUAAAGUCAGAGCAGAAGGACCUGGACUCCACCAGACAGGCGUGGAAGUGGGGAAGCCGACCCACUUCACCAUUUACACAAAGGGAGCCGGGAAAGCCGAACCGGAGGUCCACUUCACCGGAGCAGCGAAAGGCGAAGCGGUCCGAGACUUCGAGAUCAUCGACAACCACGACUACUCGUACACCGUCCGCUACACCACGGUGCAGCAGGGCAUCACGUCCAUCACCGUGUGCCACGGAGGAGACCCCAUCCCCAAGAGCCCCUUUAACAUCAGCGUGGCCCCCCCGCUGGACCUCAGCAAGGUCAAAGUUCAGGGUUUGAACAACAAAGUGGAUGUUGGGAAGGACGAGGAGUUCACCGUCAGCACUCGUGAUGCCGGAGGUCAGGGAAACCUGGACAUCAAGAUCACCUCCCCUUCUCGUCGACCAAUCCCCUGCAAGCUGGAGUCGGGCUCGGCCAAUGAAGUGCACACGGUGAAGUACAUACCCCCAGAGGAAGGACAGUACAGAGUGGACGUCAGCUACGAUGGAAACCCCGUACCAGGAAGUCCGUUCACCGUGGAGGGCGUCAUGCCACCCGACCCCUCAAAGGUACAAGCCUACGGUCCAGGUCUUCAGGGGGGUGUUGUGGGUAAACCGGCCCCCUUUGCCAUCGACACAAAAGGAGCUGGCACCGGUGGUCUGGGCUUGACGGUGGAGGGACCUUGUGAGGCCAAGAUCGAAUGCCAGGACAACGGUGACGGAUCCUGCUCCGUGUCCUACUUGCCCACUGAGCCCGGCGAGUACGCCAUCAACAUCCUGUUUGCAGACCAGCACAUCCCCGGAUCCCCCUUCAAGGCCGUGGUGCAGUCGCCGUUUGACCCCAGCAAGGUGACAGCCAGCGGGCCGGGCCUAGAGCGAGGCAAGGUUGGCGAGGACGGGUCCUUCACAGUGGACUGCUCGAAAGCCGGAGAAGCUGAACUCACCAUUGAGAUCACCUCGGACUCCGGAGCCAAAGCUGAAGUCCACGUCCAGAACAACGGUGACGGGACCUACUCCAUCACCUACAUCCCACAGGCCCACGGCAUGUACACCAUCACCAUCAAGUACGGAGGGCUCGCCGUGCCCGAGUUCCCCGGCAGACUUUUGGUGGACCCGGCUGUGGACACCAGCGGGGUGAAGGUCCACGGACCCGGAGUGGAACCCAGAGGCGUCCUGAGGGAAGUCACGACCCACUUCCUUGUGGAUGCCCGGGUGCACCACAAGAGCGGCGGCAGCCUCGUCAAAGCCGGCGUCUCCAACCCUUCAGGUGUCACCACGGACGCCUACGUCACCGACAAAGGGGACGGGACCUACAGGGCGGAGUACACGGCGUACGAGGACGGUCUACAUCUGAUUGAAGUGUUGUUUGAUGAGGUCUCGGUGCCGAAGAGUCCCUUCAGGGUGUCGGUGACGGAAGGUUGUGACCCCAGUCGAGUCCGAGCCUACGGUCCAGGUCUGGAGAAAGGUCUGGUUAACAAGCCAAACCGCUUCACCGUCGAGACCAGAGGUGCUGGCACUGGAGGUCUUGGUUUGGCCAUUGAGGGUCCAUCUGAGGCGAAGAUGUUCUGUAAGGACAACAAAGAUGGCAGCUGCAGUGUGGAGUACAUCCCCUUCACUCCAGGAGAGUACGAUGUCAACAUCACCUUUGGAGGCCUUCCUAUCCCAGGGAGCCCAUUUCGGGUCCCAGUGCAAGAGUUGGUGGAUCCCAGUAAAGUGAAGUGUUCAGGUCCCGGAUUGGGAAGUGGAGUCCGAGCCCACGUCCCUCAGACCUUCACUGUGGACAGCAGUAAGGCAGGGGUGGCCCCCCUGGAGGUCCAGCUGUACGGGCCCACAGGUGUUACCGAGCCAAUCAGCAUCGCCGACAACGGAGACGGCACUCACACCGUCAACUACACUCCUGCUGUAGACGGCCCGUACACGGUGUGUGUGAAAUACGCUGACCAGGAGGUCCCUCGCAGUCCUUUUAAGAUCAGGACGUUACCGGCUCAUGAUGCCAGUAAAGUCCGAGCCAGCGGUCCAGGUCUGAAUGUGUCCGGAGUUCCAGCCAGUCUGCCGGUGGAGUUCACCAUCGACGCCAGAGACGCCGGAGAGGGACUGCUCACCGUUCAGAUACUGGACCCGGAGGGGAAGCCCAAGAAGGCGAACAUCCGGGACAACCGGGACGGGACGUACACGGUGUCCUACGUCCCGGACCUGACGGGCCGCUACACCAUCACCAUCAAGUACGGAGGGGACGAGAUCCCAUACUCACCGUACUGCAUCAACGCCCUGCCCACCGGGGACGCCAGCAAGUGCCUGGUCACAGUGUCGAUCGGGGGACACGGACUGGGAUCAGGUAUCGGCCCGACCAUCCAGAUCGGAGAGGAGACGGUCAUCACUGUGGAUGCAAAGGCUGCUGGGAAAGGCAAAGUGACCUGCAAGGUGUCAACUCCUGACGGGGCGGAGCUGGACGUGGACGUGGUGGAGAACUCCGACGGCACGUUUGACAUUUACUACACGGCUCCGGAACCCGGGAAGUACGUCAUCACCAUCCGGUUCGGAGGGGAGAACAUCCCCAACAGCCCCUUCCAUGUGGUGGCCACCGAUGACCCCAUCAGCCCUGUGGAUGGGAUGGAGCCGGGGCUCCGCCCCUUCAGCCUGGUCAUUCCCUUCACUGUGCAGAAAGGAGAGAUCACAGGUGAAGUGCGAAUGCCGUCCGGUCGCACUGCGAGUCCUCACAUCACCGACAACAAGGACGGCACCGUCACCGUCAAAUACUCCCCGACGGAGCGAGGCCUGCACGAGAUGGACAUCAAAUACGAUGGAAACCACAUCCCAGGAAGUCCACUUCAGUUCUACGUGGAUGCCAUUAACAGUGGUCAUGUGACGGCGUACGGCCCCGGCCUGAGUCACGGCACGGUGAACCGACCGGCCACCUUCACCAUCGUGACCAAAGACGCCGGAGAAGGGGGUCUGUCUCUGGCUGUGGAGGGUCCAUCCAAAGCUGAGAUCAGCUGUCAAGACAACAAAGACGGGACCUGCACCGUGUCCUACCUGCCCACCGUCCCCGGAGACUACAACAUCAUCGUCAAGUUUGAUGACAAGCACAUCCCCGGCAGCCCCUUCAUCGCCAAGACCACCGAUGACGAGUCCAUGAGGACGUCUCAGCUCAACGUCGGCACGGCAACAGACGUUUCCUUGAAGAUCACAGAGACGGACCUGAGCAGCCUGACGGCGAGCAUCAGGGCGCCAUCGGGCAGCGAGGAGGCGUGUCUGCUGAAGAGGCUUCCCAACAGACACAUCGGUAUCUCGUUCACGCCGAAGGAAGUGGGCGAGCACGUGGUGAGCGUGAAGAAGAGCGGCAAGCACGUGACCAACAGCCCCUUCAAGAUCCUGGUCGGCCAGUCAGAGAUUGGGGACGCCAGCAAGGUGCAGGUCUACGGCCAGGGACUGGUGGAGGGGCACACCUUUGAGGUGGCCGAGUUCAUUGUAGACACCAGGAGCGCAGGCUACGGGGGUCUGGGCCUGUCCAUCGAGGGUCCCAGUAAGGUGGACAUCACUUGUGAGGACGUGGAGGACGGGACCUGUAAAGUCACCUUCUGCCCCACCGAGCCGGGGAGCUACAUCAUCAGCAUCAAGUUCGCCGAGCAGCACGUCCCCGGAAGUCCGUUCACCGUGAAGGUGUUUGGAGAAGGAAGGAUGAAGGAGAGCAUCACCAGGAGGCGCCAGGCUCCCUCCAUCGCUACAGUGGGCAGCACCUGUGACCUCAACCUCAAGAUACCAGGGAACUGGUUCCACCUGGUCUCGGCCCAGGAGCGGCUGACCCAGACCUUCACCCGCAGCAGCCACACUUACACCCGGACGGAGCACACAGAGAUCAGCCAGACGGGGGCCGGGGAGACGAAGAGGGAGGUGCUGGUGGAGGAGAGCACCCGGGUGGGGGACCCCUUCAGGGCCGGGUUCCCCUUCCUGGGGAGGGAGGCGCUGGGCGGCUUCAGCGGCAGCCGGCCGCCUCCUCCUCCCCCCCCUCUGCUGGAAGGUGAGGCGGGCCCCCAGGAGAUGACCGGCCAGGUGACGAGUCCAGGAGGAGAGACGGAGGAGGCGCAGAUCAUCAAAGGGGAGGACAGCUCCUACAGCGUCCGCUUCGUCCCUCAGGAGACGGGCGCUCACACGGUGAACGUGAAGUACCGCGGCCAGCACGUCCCCGGGAGCCCCUUCCAGUUCACCGUGGGGCCCCUGGGGGAGGGGGGGGCCCACAAGGUCCGAGCAGGAGGCACCGGGCUGGACCGAGGAUUGGCGGGGGUCCCAGCUGAGUUCAGCAUCUGGACCAGAGAGGCUGGAGCAGGAGGCCUGUCCAUCGCCGUGGAGGGACCCAGUAAGGCUGAGAUCACCUUCGAAGACCGGAAGGACGGAUCCUGUGGAGUCGCCUUUGUGGUCCAGGAGCCUGGAGACUACGAGGUUUCUAUCAAGUUCAACGAGGAUCACAUCCCAGACUCUCCGUUCAUUGUGCCCAUCGCAACCCAAUCUGGAGACGCCCGACGCCUCACCAUCACCAGCCUGCAGGAGAUAGGGCUGAAGGUGGGGCAGGAGGCCUCCUUCGCUGUGCAGCUGAAUGGAGCCAGAGGGCCAAUUGAUGCUAAAAUCCACACGCCGUCAGGAGCCAUCGAGGAGUGUUACAUCACGGAGCUGGACAGUGACCAGCAUGCUAUCAGGUUCAUCCCCAGAGAAAACGGAGUUCAUUCCAUCGACGUUCGUUUCAACGGCAGCCACAUCCCCGGCAGUCCCUUCAAGAUCCGGGUGGGAGAACCAGGACAGGUAGGCGAUCCUGGCAUGGUGUCCGCCUUUGGACCGGGCCUGGACGGAGGAACAACAGGUGUAGCGUUGGAGUUCCUUGUUAACCCUUGUAAUGCUGGAUCAGGAGCUCUGUCUGUGACCAUCGACGGACCCUCAAAGGUGAAGAUGGACUGCCAGGAGUGUCCAGAGGGCUACAAGGUGUCCUACACACCCAUGGCUCCUGGGAACUACCUGAUCUCCAUAAAGUAUGGCGGCCCCCAGCACAUUGUAGGGAGUCCCUUCAAAGCCAAAGUCUCAGGACCUCGUCUGUCCGGCGGACACAGUCUGCACGAGACCUCCUCUGUUCUCGUGGAAACGGUCUCCAAGAUGGCCGCAAUGGGAGGCACCUUCAGCUCCUUACCCAAGUUCUCCUCCGACGCCAGCAAAGUGGUCUCCAGAGGUUCGGGUCUAUCCAAGGCCUUUGUGGGCCAGAAGAACCAGUUCACAGUGGAUUGCAGCAGAGCAGGCACCAACAUGCUGAUGGUGGGCGUCCACGGGCCAAAGACGCCCUGCGAGGAGGUGUACGUCAAGCACAUGGGCAACCGGAUGUACAGCGUCAGCUACACCGUGAAGGAGCAGGGCAGCUACAUCCUCAUCGUCAAGUGGGGGGACGAGAACGUCCCCGGCAGUCCGUUCCACUUCACCGUCUCCUAACAACUGAACUCCUCCUCUCUAUGUCCUCCGCCUCUUCUCCCUCCCUUCCUCCCCCUCCUCAUCCUCCUCAUCCUGAGGCACUGAAGACGCUGAGACUUUUGUUCCAAAGUUCUUAAACCAUCUAUGGUCGAGAUAUUAGCACGUUAGCAUGAGGCAGUAAGACUUUAAGAUGAUAUGAGGUGGAUCUUGUUCUGAUCAAAAUUAAUCCUCUUCAAGACUUUAAGGUUAACUUUAGAUCAAGAUUAAGAUAUUGAACGGAGGAGGAGCUGUGACUUUUGUUUUUUAUUUAUUCUCUCAUUUUAUUUUAUUUGACAGAAAAUUGUCUUAUUGAUGAGGAAGAGCAGGUGAUAAGGAAGAUCUUAGAAAGAUGGCUUUGUUUUUUACUACAAGAAGACGUGAGCAAUGUUGGCGGUGAAUUUUAUAGUGAUUUUUGUAUGUAUCAAAAAUGGAUGAAUGAACUUGAAAUGUUUGAUAUGUUAACCGUCAAUCUGGCAACAUUGUGCUGGCAUAAUAAA